AUGAAGAUGAGCAAUCACGAUCACACAAAACAAUUCCAGGCCUUGGCCCCAGGCCCGCCGCGUAUCUUCACUCCACAGACGUCGACAGCUGUGAGUAGACCGAAGAAGAGUUCUACAGCUUGUCUGGCAUGCAAGGCGGCCAAGAGAAAGUGCUCUGGACCAGAUGCGCCUUGUAAGGCUUGUCGAGCCAACAACACCGAAUGCCAUUUUGACCCAACCCGAGACCUCAGACGCAAGGUAGCCGUCAAACGCGCGAUCCACGAGCUUGCAAAUUACAAAGAUCUAUUAGAAUCUUUGGUGAAAACCAUCAGGUCGGAUGAUCAAGGCAAAUGUGAGAGGGUGAUGGGCUUGAUCCGCGGCAACGCCUCAUAUACAGAGCUCGCUCAUGCUGUUGGAUGCCCCUCCAUGACGUUUGGAGACCCGCAGGAGUUGUCUAAUGCCAGCAAAUUGGCGAUCGCAGAGUACGGGGACACGCCUGUGGAAGUCGCCGACCCUAAAAGACGGCCGUCUGAUCCCAGCACCAUACCAAGCUCGCCAGAAGAGUCUCAACCCAUCAAGGCUUCUCAGUGGCCGUCGGUUAGCCCUUAUGCCCGUGUCACUCUGGAGAGUCUCUGCGAUAUACCUCUUUUCGAAGUCCCGGCAAAGCCGUGGACCAAGGUCACAGACAAUGAUUAUUUGGUCUCGCACCUAGUCUCACUGUACUUUACCUGGGACCACCCAUGUUCGCAGUUUCUCGAUCAGGGUAUCUUUCUUAAACACAUGAGACUCGGGAAACAGAACUCGGAGUUUUGCACGCCGCUUCUUGUAAACAGCCUCCUGUCGAUGGCUAGUGCGCAUUCUGAUAGCCCUGAUGUUCUCUCCGCCCCCGAGGAUGCGUUUUCGCGGGGUCAGAACUUCUUCAGCGAGGCGCAACGAUUGUGGGAAGCCGAAGAUCUUGAGAAUGAUGGCCGUGAGCUGCCUCAACUCCAGGCUCUUCUUCUGAUGUGUUGUGUAUUCAAAUGCCUGGGGCGUCUCAGGAAAAGCUGGAUGAUGCUGAGUCAAGCUAAUCAGUUAGCUCGUGAUAUUGGGCUCACUGAUACUCCAGCAGAGUCGGAGACCAAGAUGUCUCCAGAGAUGAGACGCGUUCGCGCGGUCACCUCCUGGGGUCUCUUCAACUUGAGCUCACAAAUGUCCAUUGAACUGCCAAGGGCUGCUCCCGUGGCAUAUCCCACAUGCGAGGUGGAGAGAUGCGGCAACGAAGACGUUAACUGGACCCCAUAUCCGCGCUCAAACAAGAUCACUUGUGACACAAAGCCAGCCCGUCUCCCCCAAGUAAGAGAAGGGUUGGCACAGGUCGCCCAAAUCCUAGUCGAUGUUAAGACACUCGUUUCUGAUAAACAUCAUCGGCGCGCUAGUUCCACUGAGUUGUGGGGGAAGGCCAAUGGCCCGUUCGAGCGCUUGACUGACUGGCUGCAACAAUGGCCAGGCGUUGCCGAGAUACAAAACGAUCCGGUCCCCCAGGUUCUUCUUCUGCGAAUCAAAUGCCUCCAAGCCAUAGUACGCUUGUUCGAGAUUUUGAAAGACCAUCCUCAGGCAGAAUACAGCCAAAAGGCCCAGUACUACCAGGUCACGUCUUUAGUAGAGACGGCGCGAUGUCUUCGGAUCCACCGUCAGAAGUAUGGUCUUAAACACAUACCUACCGAGAUGGUGGAUGCCACACACACAGGACUGUGCAUAUUGGCCUAUCAACUGGACCAUGGUGAUGAGGCCAAACAGGCCUUUAUAGAGCUCUGCCAAUUCGGAAUGGCUCUCAGUCAACGGUUCAAGCCAACGGCCGACGUCAUCCGGGCGAUCAGGAAGAGGGCGCUGAACCAAAGCCUUCGACUGCCAUCCGAGGCCAUUGAGAUCUUCGAUGGCCCGGAACAGUGGAAUGGCAUCGAGCCCUGA